AUGACAGCCAAACCUUGCUCUGCGUGCCGGGCUUUGUGUGGUAACUCUGGUGGUUUUAUAAUGCUUAGACGCUUGAGCUUCAGCUCUUGUUUGGGAGAACAUGUAACUGUUGAAAAACUGCCUGGGAGGAAUUAUUUCCUCCAGUCAGAUGUGUCUAUAGACAAAUGGAGGCUAGUCGGUGUCAAAAGGAAGAGGGAAGUGAGAAUUGGCAUAAUGGAAAAUACUAAAGUUAAAAUAAGGUGCAUUUUCCCUGAAGGGAACUUGUAUCUGACUACUGUGCACUUGGCUUUAGUAAACAAACAAACAAAAAUCCGUAUAUGCAAAUCAACAUACCCAAAUAUACCAAGACUGCUUUCUUCUGCACUUGGAAGGAAAUAUUAUGCCUAA